AUGCAUCUCCACAUGCCAGUCGCUCUGUGGUUUAGCCUUCUCGCACCACUGUGGCUUGCUGCGGUGCAAGCGCAACAGUUUCUGCAGGAACCACCUGCCUUUAUCAAGCCAUGCCUGUUAAAGGAUAGCCUCAGUAACGACUGUUUGACUGCCAACAUAGAGAGCCUUUUCCAACACUGGCGUAAUGGCGUGCCGGGGCUGCGCGGCGUGGGCUCUUUGGAUCCAUUUCGGGUGGGCAGAUUGCGUAUUGCCCAGCGUGUGCCACCAAAUGUGGAUGUGAGCGUGGAGCUGCGCAAUAUGAGCACGAUUGGCCUAAGCCAAGCCAAGAUACUGAACAGCACCACGCUGCUCAACUCUGGCCAGUAUACCCUGGGCUUUCAUGUGCACCUCACACAGAUCAACAUCACGAGCAACUACAAGCUGAAGGGACAUGUGUUGCUGCUGAACCUCAACAGUGCUGGCAUUUUGAGCGCCGAUUUGGAUAAUUUGGAGUUCUAUGUGGCGCUCAGAAUGCAGCCACAGCUGGCGGAGGGACUGACCUUUAUGAAUGUUACCGCCAUUAAGACGGACAUUGUUCGUAUUGACAAGAUUCGGGUGAAUCUAACGAAUCUGUUUGGAGGCAAUCAGGAACUGGAGCGAAGUGCCAACGAGCUCUUUAAUGAGAAUUGGCGCGUUUUGUUCGAUGUGCUGCGUCCGGUGCUGACAGAAACUUUCGAUUCGGUCCUCCAGGAUCGUUUUACCAAAAUAUUUCGCUACUUGCCAGCAAAGUAUUUGUUCGAGGAUUUUGCGUAACACUUAUGCCAAUUUGUAUGACACGUGAGAUAAGUCAUUAGCAUGUAGAAAGACUUCAAUUAGACCAA